CCGGGCGAUCUUCGGCGCACCGGGCUCUCCUCCUCCCAGCAGCGAACCAGGAUUUACCGUGAACCUGCCGGUGUCACUGCGCGUUAACUCCACAAAACGGCCGUGCGGGAGUUUCUGCGGGAUGCGAACAUGUUCUGAUUCACGCAGCGAGCGAUGAGUGAACGCAGCGCCGAGGGGACCGGAGCGGCGGAGCGUCUGUUGACUUCGGGCUGCCGAGCUCCGCUGGUUGUCGGACAGGUCGGAGGAGGAUGGAGCCGAGGCUGAGCGGGGAUGGCGAGCCGUCCGUGUCCCGGUUCCUCGGCCCUGCCCUCGUCUUCUCCGUCCUGGUCGUGUUAGCGAGCUGCCACGGGACGUGCAGACACCGAGCCCCCUCUCCCGGCGAGGUUGUCCAUCAUGUGUACUUGAAGCCCGAGCGCUUGAUUAAGAGAAGCUCCCCCGACGACCUUCAGCUGAAGAUAAAGAUCAUCUACGACUACAGUGUUGACCAGCUUCCUGCAGACCAGAGGAGGCUGGUAAAGGAUAAACUGUUUCCUCAGGCCAUCGAUUACCUGCAGAGGGCCUUCAGCGUGAGGCGCAGGGUCGGGCCCGUGUUGCUCAGCAGACAAUGUGCGACCAACCAGUACCUGAGGAAGAGAGAUGACCCUCAUCGCUACUGCCAGGACGCCUGUGCCGACGUGACCCGGUGCGGCCCCGUCAUCGUACCGCAGCACCACCUGCAGCAAUGCAAGGUGUGCAGCGAAUCAGGGAAGUCUUGCGGCCCCUUGGGGCCCCCAGAUGGCCCCGGAGUGGAAGGGUCCGACUUUGUGCUGUACGUCAGCGGCAUCACCACGGAGCGCUGCGGACAAGAGAACAUCGUGGCCUACGCUGCUUACUGUCAGCUGGAGGCGGAGCUGGACAGACCUGUAGCGGGUUAUGCCAACCUGUGUCCUGCGAUGAUCUCCUCUCAGCCUCAGGAGUUUGAGGGGAUGCUCUCCACUGUCAAACACGAGAUCAUCCAUGCUCUGGGCUUUUCAGCAGGACUGUUUGCCUUCUACCACGACGACGAGGGCAAACCUCUGACUCCUCGCUUCGCCAGCGGCCUGCCCGCCUUCAACGAGAGCCUGGGUCUGUACCAGUGGAACGAGACGGUGAUCCGGAGGGUCACCCGGCUGUGGGACAUCAGAGGAGGAGAGAUGGUCCGACACCAAGUCCACGUCCUGGUCACGCCCCGCGUCGUGGAGGAGGCGAGGAGACAUUUUAACUGUCCCAUCUUGGAGGGAAUGGAGCUGGAGAACCAGGGAGGGACGGGAACUGAACUGAACCACUGGGAGAAGAGGCUGCUGGAGAACGAAGCGAUGACCGGCUCCCACACCCAGAACCGGGUGUUUUCUCGGCUGACUCUGGCCAUCAUGGAGGACAGCGGCUGGUACCGAGCCAACUACAGCCUGGCUGAGAGGCUGGACUGGGGCCGCGGCCUCGGCUGCGACUUCGUCAUGAAGAGCUGCAAGUUCUGGAUGGACCGCCAGAGGCUGAGACGUCACGCUGUGACUCCGUACUGCGACACGGUGCGAGCUUCUCCUCUGCAGCUCACCUGCAGACAGGACCAGCUGGCUGUGGCCGUCUGCAACCUGCAGAGAUACCCGCAGGAGCUGCCCCGGGAGUACCAGUACUUUGACAGGAUCCCUGACGUGGCAGCUGAAGAGUUGCCGCUGUUCGGCGGUGCCGUGGAGAUCGCCGACUUCUGUCCCUUCAGCCAGGAGUUCAGCUGGCACCUCAGCGGGGAAUAUCAGAGGAACUCGUACUGCAGAGUGUCGGAGAACCAGCCAGACUGGUGGAGGAACUACGGGGCGGAGCAGUACGGUCCGGACUCCGUGUGUCUGGCCCAGAAGUCGGCCUUCGUGAUGGAGCAGUGCACCAGGAAGAUGACGUACCCUGACUGGGGCUCCGGAUGCUACCAGGUGUCGUGCUCGGCUCAGGGCCUGACGGUGUACGUUCAGGAUCGCUCCUUCCUCUGCGUCCGUAAGGGCCAGCCGCUGAGCGUCAGCGUGCGACUCAACGACUGGGUUUACAACGGCGUCCUGAUCUGCCCCGCCUGCACCGACUUCUGCGCCGACUGUCCCCUCCCCCACCAGCUCCCGCCCAUCAACGCCUCCAGGAGCGACCCCAUUGACCCCUGCUCCGGCUCCCCGGGUCCGGCCCGCGCUCUGUGGCUCCUGCUGCUCAACCUGCUCCCCCUGGUGGCCGGACUGCUGCUCUGCCACUGCAGCUGAUGAAGCGCACGCUUGACUGAACUCUCCUCUGUGGAUGUGGGCUGCAGAACUUCUGUUUCACUCCGUCUGUCCUCCAGCUCCAAAACACUCUUUUUACCUUUCCCAUCUCCACUUGAUUCCUCCUUCAUCUCCCCUUCCUCAGGACGUCCGCUCCUCCCGACUCUCAGCACCGUCGGGGAUCUUUGAAUCCAGUGCAGCUGUAUGGCAGCUCACCGAGCGGAUGAAUCCGCUGUCGUUUCCCAUCGACACAAACACGCAGGACACGCAGAACCGGGUCGCCUGCUGCUCAGUAACAGGAAGUGGGCUGCAGGCCUGUUCACGACAGACCAGGUGUUGCAGAAACCGAAAGAUCAGCGCGACGGUGACAUCCGGUGGCAGCAGGCGGCAACGCUUUUAAUCUUUUUAAUAAAAACCUGUCGUGUUCGUAUAAAAAUGACACUUUUCUAAGAUGCAUUUCCUGUUCUGUACCGGGAGGCGGGUGGUGGAACCGGUUUCCUCACCUCCUCCCAACAGGUCCCUUGAGUUUAAAUCCAUUGUGUCCCGUCAUGAAGCGACGUGAACCUGCAGCAGCGGUGCGACAGUUGAAGAUCUGGGUCCAGUGCGGCUCCGUGGUCACAGUUCGAGGUCUCAGCUGAGGUUUUACAUCAACGCCGGCUGCAGGUCCAUCCUAAGAGGCUCCUAAAUCUAAUGUGUGGACAAACAAAAGUCCAAUUUAUACUUCUGCGUCAAAUCUACGUAGCUUGAUGCACACCGCCCCAAAAAUUUAACUACACAUUGCAGCAACGCAAACCGCAAGGACUGUGAUUGGUUGCACCAGGAAGUGUGCUUUAAAGCCAAUUACUACUUGCGGCCAAACCAGACGUCUGCCUAAAGACUUUUAUUGUGAAAGGAACGGCGUAAAUCGGUCCACAACAUCGGUCUCAUAGCAUUUGGAAAGUGUAGAAGAGCCGCACGAUUAUUAUUUUACCACCAUUCAAGUUAGCGCAGGGCUAAACAGGAAGUUAGUCAACACGGCAUUUUGGUGCUACAACUGCAGAGAGACGCCAACUCGCAGGUUUUAAAUGCUCACGACGGCGUGGCCUAAAGGACGGCUCUGUUUAGGUGAUGGAAGGCUGCGGUGAACCGGACUGCGUGGACAGAGCAUGAGCCGCGCCGUCCAGUAGAAGGCAAGUACAAGCACGCCAAGCCGGACUGGGUCACGUCACCGACUGUCAACACAAAGCGAAGGCGUGGUUGCAGCAGGACCCUCCCUCACGAGCGGUUCAGACGUCUUUAACAAGUCACGUGCAGAAGAAUCCCAGCCAGGGUCUGUCUGCUGGUGACUCCCAUCAUGCACCUCUUUGCUUUAGAAAGAGGCAUUGAGCAUCGGGUUAAAUCCGCCGCUGCGAAGUCUUUAACUGUGAAACUCUUCUCGACCACCAACUAGGCGGAACCGGCGGCCCGCGUCUGGUUGUUUAGCGCCGCCGUACGAGCAAACCAAUCAGAGAGUCUCACUGAGGUCUGCUGGAGGCUGUAACGAGCCGGCAGCAGAGAUUAAGAUUAUUUUAGAGUUUGAACCCAGAGGAGAGGACGGCGAGAGGAAGAAGAAGCCAUGCGCACACGUGGGGGAAACCCUGUUAGCUGUCAGUCAUUAAAGGCUGUCUGCUUUCGGACAAUGAAAACCUGAACAAGCCAUAGUUCGAUGAUGAUGAUGAUGAAGAGGUGACGCUGAAAACGUUUGUUGCAAAGAUUCAAUUCAACAUCUGCUCGGCGGCAGCUGAUGUCAGGACGCCACGGCGUUUUGACCCUGACGACAGCUUUUAAUUAAGGUUAUUGUAGUUUGACAUUUUUCAGUAUAUUUUUAUUUUCAUUUCAUUUUGACUUUUUGUUGUUUAAUUUCAGUUUUAGAUAGUUUUUAAAGCUAAUUGGCUAUUUUAGUUAGUUUAAUGCUUCUUUUUAGUUUAGUUUCGGUGUUAGUUUUAGUCUUUGGGACGCUUUCUCCCGACGUUUGCCGCCACGAUGCCAGGCGAUGGGCGUGGGCUAAAAACUGGCACAGUAAAGUACCCGGGACUUUUUCAAGGAACUAAAAGGUUCGUUCAGCCCGUUAAAUAACCGGCCGUAUGUUCUGAGAAGUGAGUAGCCUCUACUCGGCCAAUCAGACAUGUUCAGCACUGGAAGCCCCGCCUUCCGAUUAGGGCUGGGCGAUAUGACCAAAAAUGAUUUUUAUAUUCGAUAUCGAUAAUUAUCACCAUUAAUGUCAAAUCAAAAUAGAAGAAACCAGAUGAUUCAUUAUUUAAAAACUUCUUAAAUCUGAGGUGGAACUAUUAUAAAAUCUUUCUCAUCAGUAAAUCUUUUUUCAGUUGUCCGUGAUUCAAAUGAAUUAAACCAAAUAUUUAUUGACGAUAUAUUGAACAGUUAUUAAGUUGUUAUUGAGUAGUUUUAUUGCCCAGCCCUCCUUUCAGAGUUCAACCCCCCGAGCUGAGACUGUUUUAGGGGUUAAAUAAAGACCCUGAUUUAGACCCUUCGGCCCUGUGAAAUAAACUGACAAAGAUGAAAACUAAACUCUCUAAUUUUAGUUUAUUUCAGUGAGUUCUGCAAAGUUUCAGUUAUCAGUUUUUUUACGUAAAGCCUCGUUUUUAUUUCAGGUAAAGUGUUGAACAGUCAAAUCAACAGCUCGGCUUUUUACACGUUUCUUUUAUUUCCUUCAGCCACUGAACUCACCCGGCCUGUAUUUGGUGACCGGCCUUUAAUUCCUUUUGCACCGAACUGUCGCUCAGCAGAGAUGUGAAACAGGCUGCUAUCGAACUGUUUAUUUCAGCCAGUAUGAAUUUUACUUACCGGUAAAUCUGAAAUGUUUCUGUAAAAUGAGCUGUGGAGAAUCACAUGUUCACAACUGGACCUCUGCUUUUAAUUGAAGUUUUCCUGUAGCCGUGGUUUUUAGUUUUUCCUCUCUGCAGUCUGCACAGGGUCCCGGUUCGAGUCCGUCUCGGACCAGUGCCGAAGGUGAACCCUGUAUGUGCUGCACAGUGGCGACUCAACGCUGCCAGUUAGGAUGAGUUAAAAGCAGAGAACGAAUUCCCCGUCUGGGAUCAAUAAAGUAUAUUUAAAAUAAUAAUAAUAUUCAGGCUGCGUUCACAGACAGCAGCUCUCUGAGGUUCAUCUUCGCUCUUUCAUGUCUUUUCAGCCAGCUGAGAAGAGAAACCUUUCACCAUUUCACUGUUCUUCACCUCCGCUGACGGUUAUUUUAGAUGAAAAGUUUGAUGUUUAAAACAACAAAUCUCACGUCUGUGUGACAAAAUCAUCUGAGACGUUUGACUCGUCCCGCGUUUAUAUGAUGAGAUGAAGCACUGAUGCAAAAGAACUUAUUCUAUUUAUCAUCAUGUUAUGUGAAGGAAACAUUGAGUUGUCGGCGGUCGUUCUGUCUUUGAGAUGAACGAACGUGUCGAACUGAAGGAACUGCUUUGUUUGUUGUUUACAGUUGAACGUAUUAUUGUUGUUGUUGUUGACACGUUUAGCUUCAGACUGUACCUGGAGGAUCUGACCUCGGCAGGCUGUCGACUUACUGUGACGACUGAAGCUGCACUGAGUUCUUUGCAUUAAACUGAUCUUUGUUGGAUUUCUUUCUUUUUUUAGAAAAAGGGCUGCUUUUUAAAACAAAUCAGGACGACAAACGUUUGUCUACCAAAAUAAAUGCUGUCUGUAUCCCGG